AUGCCCAAGGUUGCCGGCGUGGAUGUUCCCAAUUGGUGCGUGGCGGGUGCAGCCGUGCUCACGCCAGCUGCAAUCUAUGCUUACCUCUUGCGAAUGAGCCGGCAGCGGCGGGCUUUCUUCGCUGAUACUCCCCAGCCUAAGGAGACUUCAGCCAUCUUUGGUGGUUUGGAAACUUUGGCGAUGCUAAAUACACCUGACAAAACCCUGGCCGCUAACCGGCAACUCUACAAGGAGCUUGGGUCCACUUGGGGUGUCCGAUUGCCCAAGUGGCUCUUCCCAAACCACGAGUUCUUCUUGCAUACUUGUGAUCCAACCAUCAUUGCAGAGAUUCAAAGCAAAAAGGACAUCUUUCAUUCACGGCCAACUGGCAUGGUAUUUGACACUACUAUCCCCCUGGGCUUGCUGUCCUUGAGAUCGGAAGGACCCCAGUCUCAGUGGGCAUUCCAUCGCCGUUUGGUUGCGCCCUUGUUUAGUGACAAAUUCUUGCUAGGCUAUUCCGAGCAGGUUCAGGAAAAGGCCGACCUGCUGCGAUUCAUUCUGAACGAAAGGAUCAAGGAUACAAAGAGUUCAGAGGCGGAGUGUGACAUUCAACAUUGCUUGAAGCUUGCAACCCUGGAUGUCAUCGGCAGCAUUGGCUUCGGCUUCAAUUCCAAUGCUUUGAUGACAUACCUACCAGAGGGGCACCCUCGGGCAUUAAGCAAAGCAGAGGCUGCAAACGAGCUGAAGUUUCUGGAAGCUUCGAUGGUCCUGUUUCUCGAGACUCAACAGCGCACUGGCGAGCCAAAGCUGCUGAGGUAUUUGCCCCACCGUUUCAUGCGCUGGUGGAGGACAAUGCGCGACUUGAACAAGCGGAUCGAUGAGGUUUUGAGCUCUGGAAAGCAGGAAGGUUCCAAGUUGAACAUGCUGAAGGCCCUUCAGGAUGCACACGAGGGUGACAGAAAGAUGAGUAAGAAUUCUGACACUCCUUGA